CGUGCAUUUACCCACGGUCGCCAUUACGAUUUUCUGUCGAGUCGCGAAUUCGUUCGGGGGUAUACACCAUAAUAAAUCCGUGCAGUGGUGCAAAAGGCUGCCCUAGAAUGCGUGAGAAAAAGUUGUGAAUCGUCGAGUGCUAGUGAUUCGUGAAGGAAAAUGUGGCCCUAGAUCCGUUCCGACCAGCGAUGAAACCAGUGGAAAAGUGCGCUACGAUGAAGCCCGGCCCCGAUGGUGGCCAAAUAGUGUCGAACAGUGCACUCCAAGUGGCGAAAACCGAGUGUAGUAAAUAUUGUACGCAGCAAAAGCAAGAGGAAAAGUUCAGUGGCAGUAAUAAAAAUAGUGCUAACAACAGCACCAGUGUAAAGAUCUUAAAAACAGAGCCAAUCUUGGCGGCAGAAUCAGUAGCGGAAGCAGAUUAUCGGAAAAAUACAACAAACCCGUCGUCAUCAUCCGCCACGGUCACUUCAAAUUCAGCUGUAGCUGGAACGACAAAGAUGACGAUGGUAAUGGUAGCGACGGUGGCGGAACCGAGCACGAAGGCGUCGAAAAAUCACGUAGACAGCAGCAGUGGUGGCGACGGUGGCAGCAGCAGCACCGCGAAAAUGUCUUUCGCUAAAAAUAAUGAUAAAGGCGCUACACCGGCGAAGGAUAUCAUCGUGGGCCGUGCUGAUAAUGAACAACCUCGAAGUCACAAGAAAAAGAAGAACAAAGACAAGGAUAGGGAUCGUGACAAGGAUCACAAGAAACGUCGCCGUUCCGAAGAACACGGUGGCAUAAGUAGCGGUUCACAAGUUAUACCCGGCAGUGUUGGUUCCAAGGACAAAUCAACCUGCAAUUCGUUGAUUCAAAACAAGGAAAAUCAACACCACAUGCUGCAGAAACAAGACCUUGCGGAGAAAACCACUUCCGUCAUUGUCGUUCCGGCCCAGAUCAAGCAAGAGCUGACCAUCGAUACCAAUCUGAUGGGCCAGCAACAAUCGUCAACACCAGGAGGAGGAGGAGGAGGCCCCAUAGGAGGACGAUUGCUUAACAGCAGCAGCUUACCAACAACUCCCGUCACGGCAGCAGUGGCAGCAGCCGUUGCGGUUGGAGGAACUCCUAUUUCUCCCAUAAACCUGUUGCUAAAUCUCGAAAGGAGUAACAAUGAGAAUAGCACGGUCAAAAAGCAAGAUAUCUUCAUCAAGAAGGAGUAUAAACCUUUAAAACCAGACAAGACGCGGGACGAUGUUUCACGAGCUUUGACAUUCGCCGAAACCAACAGCAGCCCCGUCAGCAACACUGGUAACAGCAACAGUGGUGUCACCGGCAGUACAACUAACUUAACUAGUAAUAAGAACUCAAAUAUUUUGAUAAAGAUUGAAUCACCCAAGAAUCUAGACGACAAAACGGUUCUCGUAAAGAAGGAAAUUCAAACCGAUACCGGAUUGACUCCGGAAAAGUUGGUCAACGGCAGUCCCAACAUGACAGCGUCAGCGCUACCAAACAGUAACAGUAUCUCAAACCCAACCGUUCACAUUAAGCAGGAGGUUUCAGUGGAGAAAAACUCCCUACACGAGCAUCACGGCAAUAAAUCGUCGUCGCAUGUUGGUAGCAGCAGCAGCAACAGCAAGCUGUCAUCUUCAUCCUCUUCCGCGUCCGUACACAGGAGCAGCAGCGGAAGUAGUCGGGAGUGUUCUCGGUGUUACAAACGAUCCAAAAUUAAACGGGCCAACAUCGGAAUUCAGUGCAAACGCGAAAAAAUGGACGGUGUCCCCUCGAUAUCCGGUGUGGUGCCACUGGAAUCGUCGACGCGAAUAUCAACUGUCAACCGGGACAUGCACUGUCAUCGGAAAGGACUCGAACAUCUCAAGUAUGGCCGGUUCAUGCGAAUUGAGGUACAUCCUAAUGGUGGCGCUUCCGUUGUACACAUGUACCAAGAUGAAAUCAGUGUGCUGCCGGAGAGCGAAAUGGAAGAACUGGUGAAUGAAUUCUUCGCCGUGUGCUUCCGAGAAGAUGACGAUGGAUACGCAGAUCAUGUGAUGGGAAUUGUACAUAAUGCAGCCAGUUAUCUGCCGGACUUGUUGGAACAUAUGGCAGAAAAUUAUGCCAAUCUGACGGUCAAGGCCGGAGUGUUGGGCAGAAACUCAGAUAUUGAAACAUGCACGAUGAGUCAGUACAAUGAACAGGUUAUAAAGAAUUACUCCCAAGGAACGAUUCGCUACGGGCCCCUACACCAGAUUAGUCUGGUUGGGAAGGUUCACGAGGAAGUUGGUGGAUAUUUUCCCGAUUUACUGAAGCGACUGGAAGAUAACCCCUUUCUUAAUAAGACGAUGCCUUGGGGAGAACUGUCAAUUGUCCAAAUGGAUCCGCGAUUGUCGAACGAUGGUCCAAUCUUGUGGAUUCGACCCGGAGAACAGCUGGUCCCGACGGCUGAAAUCAACAAAACACCGAUGAAAAGGCAAAGGACACGAAUCAAUGAGCUGAGAAAUUUGCAAUACCUUCCCCGACUAUCGGAAGCAAGAGAAACGAUGAUUGAGGAUCGUACAAAGGCUCACGCUGAUCACGUUGGGCAUGGUCAUGACCGAAUGACAACGGCGGCAGUUGGUGUGCUAAAGGCAGUCCAGUGUGGGAUACCGGACGAACUGAAUCGUAUUACCAAGGACGUGGUCGCUUUUGACGCUCACUACUUUCCCCAUCUGGUGGAGAAACUGCAGCUCGAUCUGCACGAGCCACCGAUCUCGCAGUGCGUCCAGUGGGUGGAGGAUGCUAAAUUGAACCAGUUGCGUAGGGAGGGUAUCAAGUAUUCUCGGAUAUCGCUGUUCGACAAUGACAUCUACUUCCUUCCCCGCAAUAUUAUUCAUCAGUUUCGAACGGUGACGGCUGUCACGAGCAUAGCGUGGCAUCUUCGACUCAAACAGUACUAUCCGGACAAGGAGGUAGUACAGGAAAUAGCCCACGGUUAUGAGGUUGAUCCACCGCAUUACAAAGAGAAGCAAACGAUUUUGCCCCACCCAAUUUCGGUCGAGGAGAAGAAACAUACACCGAUUAAGCGAACACAUGACGGAAAGCCAAAAAAAUCCGAAAAGAAAGAUUUACAAUCGACUCCGAACGAAAAGGACGAGAAAGAGUUGGUUAUGGUCGAUGCUGAAAAGCUUGCUAAAAUUGACAUGAGAAAGUUGGUUAGAGAUGACAAACCAGUGAAGACGGAGAAGAAGAGUGCUAGUUCCAGUCACAAACAUUCGUCCUCGUCGUCAUCUUCUGCACACAAAUAUCAUGGCGGCAGCAGCAGCAGUAGUAGCAAGAAGGACAAGCAUCGUUCGAACGGUGAACGUGACAACGACAAAGAAAAGGAAAAGUAUCAAAGCCGUGAUAAGGAUAAGAAUAAAGAAAGAGAUAAGAAUCGAGAACGUGACCGUGGUGAUCACGAUCACCAUCGACGUCAUAAGUAUCAUUCCUCGUCGAGCAAAUCAUCAAGUUCAUCUUCAAAGCACCGCGGUUCGGACGAACGUAGUCGAAAGUUGUCACACUCAUCGUCCUCGUCGGAACGGCAUACCCAUAGCAGUAGCAGCAGUCGUCGGGAGUCUACUUCGAGUGUGACGAAAGAGAAAGAACACACGAUGACUGUGGUGCCACCGGUUGCCGCUGAAAUCGAAAUCGAACAUACUGUCGAUAUCACAACCGGCGCCAGUAGCAACUUGGUCAUCGAUGGCCAAGCUAUCAUGGAGGAUACCAAUCCAGCAGCACUCAUCAGUAGCGAAAGCAAUUACGAGUCUGUGAUACAUUGCAACGACGAAGCCAAGCUUACCGUUGCAGUAGAAACUACCAUUUCGGCGGAAGGUGAUGAAAUUAGUACCGAAACGUUGCUGCUGCUGAAGCCGGAUGAGGAAAUUAUCACAACUACUAUCGUAGAUGACGACCAACAUCUGAACGCGAUACCCGUCGAUCACGGUGAAAUAAAGUCUAUACAUGCAGUGACAGAAUCGUUUACCCUCGCUCCUCCGCCACCUCCACCACCCAUUGAAACGCCACCGUUACCACCUUUACCACCCACUCCACCGGCAACUGCUGCCGUCUCCCUGAACAGUUACGAUAGCAUCGAGCGGCACCCAGCGGCUGUACCGAAAGUGAAAAAAGUUGUUCAAGCUAACACCAACCACACCGGAACAAGCGGCAACAGCAGCAGCAGCAGUGUCCAUCACGCGAAACAAUUCAUCUCCAGCCACACAUCGUCGUCGUCGUCGUCGUCGUCAUCGUCAUCGCCGUCGCCGUCUAAAGCACCAUCCAAAACAUCCAGUGAUUUGUUAAGUUCUAUUAUGGCACGUAUGGAUAGCACACCGAAUCGAAAUGCGAACAGUUUUUAAUCUUCCUUUAUUCCACGCUCCUUAGUCAAAGUUGUGAUGAAUCCGUUACAGUUUUCUUCGUCCCUUCGUCCUUUCGUGGUUCGCUGAGUCAGGGAAUGUUUAUUCUACCAUGUUCCUUUUCUUUGUUCAGCUUGUUCGUUUUUUUCGUACGUUGUUUCCGAACGCAAUUCGGAGAGUCUGUGGAGAUUCGCAAGCCAAUAUGCAUAUUGAAAAAAUAGGUCUUCAUUGGCGUAAUUUUAGAUCAGACGUUAACUCAAACAGAUUAUAAAAUUCAGCAUUGUUGGUAGUUGUAUAUAAUGCUUCUGCUAUUACAUCCAUUCUAGCACCUUAGUAGAAAAAAAACACUACACUGCCAUCUCUCUAUACAAACACUGACAGUACAGUGGACAUAAACAGCAGUAAAUGUGCUUUCAAGUCUUGAUUCACGAUCUCUCCUGUUUUCCAAAGGGCGAGGAAAAGGCAAAAAUCACGUUAUUAAUUGAACAGUUGAAAACCUUUUCCGUGUAGUAAUAUGUAGCUGGUACACGACCUCCCGCAUAUGCAUAUAAAACAUUUGUUUUAUUAUAUUGCUUUCUUUAUCAAGUUGUGUAGAAAACAAAGAAACAACAAUUAAAACAUAUUUUUAUCUCUACAACAACAACAACAACAAAAUGAAGCAGAAAAUGCAAAUCUAAUAUCUAAGCAGAGGAUAAUUAUAGCAAAUAGAUUUAGAGAAACUUACGUAGAACAAAAGUUAGAUUCAGGAUAACGUAAUAAUCACAAAUGAAUAACAAAAUAAAAUAAAAACACUCCCACACACACACACACAUCUUUAAAUGAGUGCACGUAGUUGUGUACAUUGAAAGAGGCGAAUGUUAAUUUACCUUGUUGAUGAUCUGUUAAACUGGCUAUAAUUUAUUCUGCAAGCAGAGAACGUAAAAAUUUCGAGUUGUAAUACAGCGAGCGAUUGCCCAAUGUUUCAAAUCGUUGAGCGAAAUAUUAAAGAGGAUGUAUAGCAGUAAUGAGUUAGGGUCUAGUAAUGUCCUGGAUUGAGACGUUUCACAAUAAUGGCUAAUUUUCGUGUUUUUCUUGUCGAUAUUUAGAAUUCAAGUAUGCUAAGGAUGAUAAGUUAAAUUAUUUCCCACGAUAAACGUCGUCUGGAUUAACCUUACAUCUACAGGUUUUCUUGUCCUCUGCAUUUGCAGCAUCUUGCAGCGGAAUAUUGCUGUGUUUGUUUUCUUAUCUUAUCUAACAGUUUCCUUGUGCUUCGCAAAAAAUAAAACAAACAGUAAGCAAAAUCGGUAAUUAAACACAAAGCAUUAGUUUUGAACUAUUGAGUAGCUCUUCCGUUUUAUAUUAUUUUUAUAAAAUAUUAUUUAUGUACAACACACACACAGACACGCAAAGAUUAGCUAUCGCGUUGUAUGUAUAUUUUAUUAUAAAUAUAAAUUUAUCUAUCCAUUCGAUUACAGCUGUAUAUUUUAAGAGAGAAAACAAUAAAAUACUGUUUACGGUAUUAAUGGUGUAAAA